GUUGUACUGCUACGGCGACCUCGCAGAGUGAUUCCUACUUGUGUUUGACUCUGUGAGGUUUGCAGAAAGUCGAAACCCGGCAACGAACCGAUCGCAACCAUCCCGCCGUUUCCUUGUCGUUUUCUGCCUGUCGACAUGGCAGCGAAGGCGCGGAGCUGGGACUGGGCGGCGCAGCGUCUCUGGUCGGAGGACGCCAAGUGCAACGUGCGGCUUCCCGACACGGUGCUAAUGGACGCGGAGGGCCGGCCGCAGCGGUGGCUCUUCGCCUCCAAGCACGGCCACGUCGCCAAAAAGAAGGACGACCACGUGAGCCCGAGCAGCAUUCGCGACCGGUUCACUCGCGUCGCUGCGCAUCCCAAGAACGCGCUGCGCCACACAGCGCACGCUUUCUACCGCAGCGGAAAGCGAGAGCUGCUGGACGCAACCCAGUUCAGCAACCUCCUCGACGCCCUGCAUGGCGUGCCCAAGCACCGACCGAGCCUCGCUGGCCUCGUCGCCUACGUUCACAGCAGCACCGAGAACGUGCUGGUCGAGUUCCGAGCCAAUCACGGCGUCUCAAUAUCGAGCCAUGACGUGGCAGGGCGCGCGAGGAAGGAGAUCGAGCGCGCGACGCUGGACGUCGUGAGCUUUCUCCAGACAACGGCCCAGGUGUCGAUUACGAAGCUCGUUGCCGAGUUUGUAGUCGACGACGACAACGUCGUGUGGCUGUCGCACGUGCCGCAGACGCUCGUGGAAGCGGCGCCCGGAACGCAGUCGCUGCCGAGCUUGGCCAAGACAGACGCCCCGUCGAGCGCCAAGUGUGCAGGAGAGUUUUGCCGAUACACAGACGCCGACCUUCCUGGGCUGUAUACGGCACCGCCAUUGACGCCGCUGCCGCUGGCCGACACGGGCCAGCGCACCAAGAUUGGCUACAACAACAUCUUGCUCGCGCGCGCUGCUAUGGGGUAUCUGCUCUCGCGCUCGGACGACGCCGCGGGGUGGGAUGCUCUCGACGCUGCUCAGCGCGCAGAACUCGGGCAGUCGAACCCGUCGCACUUUUACAAGCAAGUCGGCGUCUGUCCCAACUGCCACUCGAUAUAUGCCCAGCUGCAGACUCUGCGCCACAACCGCUUUUGCCACGAGAGCGACCGCCCAACGUCGUCGAUCAAGAAGAAGAAGAAGGCGGCGAUAAAAGCCAAAGCGACAACCAGCAGCAACCUGAGCAACAACCAGCAGCCAUCGGAGUCGCUCUUGAAGUUCAUGGGCGUGGCAAAGCCUGACGCAGAUGCGCACGAAACCGCGUUCCUUGCAGAGCUCCAUCGACAGUCGCAACUCCUCGAACCGCUCUCGGUGUCGGCUGCAUCGUCAGCACGGCUACCCGAAGACGACGCAGCGAGCACGACCGAAGCCCCUUCCAUGGUCAAGCGAAAAUGCAAGAAGGGUCCACCGCGUCCCAAGGACAACCAAGUGCUGGCGCAGUUUGAGGCCGAGUGGACCGCAGUCGAGUCCGCCAACAAGUCUCUCGUGGCCGAGAACGCCCGACUCGCGGCGCGUCUUGCCGAUGUGGAAGCUGCGCGGCAGCAAGAGCAGGCGCAAUGGACGACCGAUCGUGCACAGCUGCUCGAGUCCAACGGAGUGCUUGAGAAGCAGUCCAAAGCGCUCGGGAAGCGGCUCAGCACCCUCCAAAAAGAGUUUUCAGAUGCCAUGGCGGCCAAGGACAACGAGUGGACACAACGACUCUUGGAGACUGAGCAACUCUACUCUGCCCGAACAACGCCGCCACCAAGCCGGGAGGUGGCCAGUGGCAACCAACUGAGCCUCAUUGAGACCAUUGAGCAGCUCUCGGCGCAGCUCGAGGUGGAGCAGCGCGAGCGAGAGACGGACCGACAACGGCUCGCUGCAACGCACCAAGCUGACGUCCAGCGGGUGCACGACCGCCUCCAACUCGAGACCGAGGCGCUGCGGAUUGGCCACCGCCAGCAGCUGGAUACGAUCGAAGAGCUCAAGACACAGCUGCUAACGACGUCGCAUCAGCUGCAAGUCGCUCAGGCGCAAACCAAACAGGCGAAAGCAGCGGCUCUCGACGCCCAAGUGGCCGUGUCGACCCUCGAAGACAAGAUUGUGGCCUUGGAAGCGAAGAGCCCCGCUCUGCUUCCGACGACUGCUGCUGUCGACAGUGCUGCGACCGAGAAGCUCCAGCACAAGAUCGAGUACCUGAAAGCGCAGCUGGCGUCCGAAACGCGUUGUAAGGAGGAGCUUGGUGCAACUGUCGCAACGCUGACGGCCAACCUUGACAGCCUCAAGCGCGACCGCAAAAAGCUUUCUUCGGACCUCGACGAAGCGCACCGCAAGCAACUCGAGAAGGCCGACGCACGCUACCGCGCAGAAGUUGAGACCGUCCAAGCGGCCAAUGCGGCGCUGCAGUCCAAGCUGGCGACGCUCCAGGCCAACGUCGCUGACCUCGUCGCCGACCUUGCAGCGUCGCGCAACAGAGAGGAAAGCGCCAAGCUCUCGAUGGAGAAGCUCGCAAGCGAAUCAGUGCGCCUGCACGCGCGCAUCGCCGAGCUCGAAGCCACGAACGAGGAGCUCCAAGAGGCGACAAACGGCACCAAAUCGUCGCUUGAAGACGCAACGCGAGCUACGAUGGAAGCGACGCUUCGCCGUCUAACGCACGAGCGGCAGUACUUGAAGAGCCAGAUGGACGGCGAAAUACGGCGCAAGGACGACGCAGAGGCCAAGGUGCGCGAACUUCAGGCGCAGUUGGCCGACGCUACGACGUCAACGAAAGCAGAGGUGAUCGCAGCCAAGCAAGCGGCUAAAGAAAAAGAGGCAGCACUAGCAACGGCACUGGCCAAGCUUGAGGAGACGCAGUUGCUUACGCAGGGCGAGCUCUCGAGCACAAAGCACCAGCUCCACGACGCCAAAAUCGCCCUCAUUGGCGCGCGCGAUGAAAGCCAGCGUGCACGUGCCGAGCUUGAGACGCAGCGCGCUGACCUCGCGCACCUGAAAUCGAGCCUCCUGUCGACGCGCGAGGAGCUUUUGAAGGAGCGAGACCGCAGCAAACUCAACGCAGAGCGCCAGACGACGUCGCUUCAGGCCAUCAAGGCGUCACUCGUCGAGACAGAAGCGUCCAAAGCUGCCGAGAUUGUGGCGCUGCACAACGAGCGCACGCAGCUGCGCUCGACCCUCGCGGAGGCGCACAGCACGCAGCUCGCGCUCGCUGCCUCGCUGCAAGCCCAAAGCGUGCAGCAAAAACAGCAAGUCGCACUCUUGCGCGUAGCGCUAUCAACAGCGCACCGCGAGGCGACGCGGGUGUUGCGACGUUGGGACGCCUGGACACGCCUCGUAGCCUGUCACCGCGUCCAAGCGUCUGGAGCGCAGACACUCAAGGACGCGCUGCAGGCUCGAGAACUCGUGUGGCACGACCGCCUGUCCGUCGCCUGCGCUGACGUCCACGAAAAGUGCACACUGGAAAGAGACUUGGCGCUGGCGGCCGUGUCCGAGCGGCUUCUCACGGACGCUGCCGAAGCCGCCCAAGUAGCAGCGCAUGCCCACGCGCAAGCUCUUACGGAUUGCGAGGUUGCGUCGGCGGCCAAAUUGGAGCUGAUCAAAAACGAACUCACAAGACUGCACGACGCCGAGGUGGAGGCACUGGAAGCCAGUCACGUGCAGGCCAUUGAGGCUCUCCAGGAAGCCGCUCGCCAGAGCCAAGACGAGGCGGACGCAGCCAUCGCGCAGCUCGAGGCCGAACGUCGGGUGCGGGAGUCGGAAUUACAGAACGCUGCGAGCGCGCGUUUGACGCAAGCGCUGAGAGAGAUGGAGUUAGCCCACAGCAACGAUCUCCGAGAGGUCCAAGCUGCGGCAGCGACACAUCAUGAGAUGAUAGAAACGAUGCACGCCGCAGCCUUGAGCGAGGCAAGAACCGCGGCAGAGGCUCUCUUCGACACCGAGCAAGCUCGAUGGGAGGCUAUAGCUUCCAUGACUGGCGCUGACAUCGAAGCGCGUUGGGUCGCAAAAGCCCAGAGAGCGCUGGCGUUGACCCAAGACUCACUCUUGCACGACCAAGCCACAGCCACGCAAGCGCUCAUCUCGCAACACAACGCAGCAGCCGCCGAUACGGUCGCCCACUGGACGCACCUGUUGGAAACUGCGCGGACGGAGCACGCGACGGCCACUGCAGAACUACGCGCCAAUGCCGACGCCAAGCUCGCGGCCGAGCUCGAGGCUUGUCGGCGCGAGAUGGCCGAGCAGAAAGGCAACGCUGUUUUGACGACAACUGCCAAGUGGCAGCGCGCCCUUGCAGACACCACCGCCCGGAUCGAAACCGAAAGAAAGGUGGCCUAUGACAAGGGCGUGUCGGACCGCGAGGCCGAAUGGCAGCGGGCUGCUGCUCUCAUCAAGCAAGCCCAAAAGGACGAGGUUGGCGCACUGGAGCGUGACUCCAAACAGGCACUUGCCGCGUGCGAGGAGCGGUUCGGCUUGCUAUUGGCUGCCAAGACGCAGGAGCUACAGGCGGCGUGCGCUGCCACCCUGAACGCAGCAGCUGCGACCGCCAAAAUGGAGCAAGAACAUGCGAUCGCUGCAACACGCGACGCAGUCGCAGAGACAACCGAAGCCCGCGUCGUCGCUGAAUGGUCCAAUCGCAUGAGUGCGGCCGCUGCCGCGAGCGACCAGCAGCUGCGCGACGCCUGUGCCGAGCUCCAAACGACCAUGCAAAACGAAGCCGAAGAGCAGCUUACAGCUGCCAAGACGCGGUGGAGCCAACUGAAAGCUGAUGAAAUCGCUACGCUACGGGCCGCGUUACGCAGCGACCACUACCAACAGCUCCAAGAUGAGCUAGGAAAGGUCCGGCGUGCGCAUGAAGCGCAGUUGGCACAAUUGCAGGCAGACCACAGUGCAGCCUUGGCCUCCGCUACCGCGCAGCUGCGAGCUGACGCAGACACGGAGCUCCAGACGCGGCUGCUAGCCUGUCAAGAGACCGCCAACCAGCAACACGAAGCAGAGAUGGCGCUCGUCCAAGAAGAGAGCGAGAAGCUCAUCGACAAGGUCGAGAUCGCCAUGCAAGCACUCAAAAAGCAAAAAGAGGCAACGGAGACGGAGCUACAGCGAGUGACGCACGCCCUUGAGGAAGCGGAAGACGCGGCGUUCGAUCUGCAAGAAGAGAUGAGCUCGCUCAAGAAGAAAUACGUCAUGCGGCACCUUCUCAUGUUACAUUCCGGGCUGCAAAAGAUGCAAAUCAUGGAAGAUGAGCUCGACACGAAAGAAAUGGAGAAGGCGGCCGCCGAUCGGUUGUGGCAAGCCAAGCUGGACACCACGACCAACGACUUGUCGCGCCAGCUCACACAGUCCACGACCACGAUCGACAAGCUUCACGAGGUCUACGCCACAGUGUACGAGACCUUGGUCAACUACCGUCGCGACGAGCUUGUCCAACACCGAAGCGCCAGCAAUGUCGUCACAAGUGAACUGGACGUUUUGCACGCCCAGAUCGAUCAAGUGCUUCACAGCAAAUCUGAGAGCGAUCGCGAGAUCGAGAAGGCCCAAGCAGACCUCGGCGCCCUCGAGGACGAGCUCAGUGGCAUCCAACUUAUGAAGGACGGCCACGUCAACCAAGCCCAAGUCGCCAGAAAGCGCCGGCUGCAUCAAGAGACGGAAGCGCUUUUGGAAGCCAUCGACUCGAAGAAAGCCAAGGCGCGUGGCGUCGAAGUCCAGCUUAACGAGCUCUAUGGGCUCCAGCGCGCCAAGGAAGAUGAAAUGAAGGGCCUCGAGCGCCAUCUCGUCACGAUCCUCGUCGAGCAGCAGAAACAGCUUCUCACUCUCGUCUCGUCCGUCAAGAGCAUUUCCGCCGUAUAGUUUAGUGUCAUAUCCAAAAUAGAAGAUAGAUUGUGUCGACUCUGUU